CAUUGUGCGUCCCGGCGACAUGGAUCGCCUCACGUGAAGCCAAACACUGUUGAAUCGACUUGCAUGGGCAAUAACAAUCAUUGCGGUUCAUUUUACCUGCUGAAUUCCUAUUGGGAAUGGAGAUCAAUAACUACCCCGCCAAUGAUAAAGGAAUGAAUGAGUCUCCGGGAUCAAACUUGAAUGCCACGCCUGUUAUGCAAGCAGGUGCAUUAUGUGAUUUAUGCAUUGAUCUGUAUUUUCCCACCUGUGAAUAUGCACAGACAACCUACAGGGGAACGAGGGUGUGUCGACCUACCUGCUAAGCAGGACUUGGUGACAAACGUGCUGUACAGGACUGCAGCGCCACACACACUCUGUGCAGGUGUGGGGAUGCGACCCACUGGAUUCUCCUAACUGUACGCAUCAACACACAGUCGGUCAGCUGCACGAAUAUGUGUCCAGAGAGUCAAGUAGCAGUAAUUAUCGUGACUGCAUUUGUCAUUCAUGGUGUUCCUGCCAGUGAUGCACCGUGUCCAGGAGGGGUGGCCUUACUUGACACACCCUUCAGUAUCACUGGGGACAAAAACAACUACACGGGCUUUAUAUGGGUACGACCCACUGGCGGCCGGUAUGUCGUCACCUGCAACCCCAGCUGCAGCCCCGUGGCCGGAUACAGGGCCACACUUAAUGACACCCACUCUGUACUGACUAUAGACAGUGUACACAGGGAAGAUGCUGGCACGUGGAAGAUCGUGGAUGCAAAUGUAGUUGGAGCCGUCCCCGACGACGUGUGUCAGCUGACGGUAGCGAAGGUUCCACAGUGUACAAUCAGCAGUGACGACGACACUGGCUCUCUGGAACCUGGCGCCCAGCUGACCCUGACAGUGAACAGCACAGAUUACUUCUGUUCUCGUGAAACUGGCUUCAGUAUCACUUCUGGUGGUGUCACUCAACAGUUGAUGAACGCCAGUAACUCACUGUUUAACCUAACCUUCAACAUUGAGCUCCAUCACUUUGGAGAUGUAACACUGAACUUUAUCUGUGACACCAACUGGACUUUGACUUGUGAUGGAGUACAGAGGCUAGUGAAAAGUCCACCAAAGUGCAACAUCAGCAGCGAUGCAGACACCAACGCACUGCAAACUGGCACAAAUAUCACUCUGACCGUGGACAUCAGAAGCUACCACUGUUCUCAUCAAGCCGAGUUUUAUAUAACUACUGGCGGCAUCACAGACGUACUGUCACAGAACGAGACAACGAGCACCUUCGCCGACAUUGUCCUCACUAGCUUCUUCAAUAUUACAGCCGAUCGUUUCGGGGAUGUCAGUGUUAUGUUUUCAUGUGUUAACAUCAACAGGACACUCCAGUGUAGUGGAGUUGAUACGAUAACAGAUGGAACAACACAAAUAUCACACGAAUCAUCAACACCAAAGAGUCCUCCUAGUACCGAAGAUCCUGAACGAGAUAUUACUCUUGGCAUUGCUAUUGGAUUUUCUCUGCUCGCUGUUGUCAUCUUUGUUAUCAUUACCGUCCUCGUCGUACGCUAUCGUGAAAGAAUACGAAGUUACUUGGUGUCUGACAAGAAACAAAACGGACAAGAGGUCAAUGUGACGGACGUCGGCAAUGAAAUGGGACCCAGCUAUGCUAACAACUGAUUCCUAAGAUUCCUGAGAGCUGUUGUUUGAUACAGAGAUCACAGCCCCAGACGAACGUACAUACGUGCUGUGGCUGCCUGUUAUCAGUGACUGAGCUUGUUCGGUUUAACACGGCCUUGAGCGUUAUAUCAGAUGUGUGGGAGAAAGUCUUAGAUACGCAUGACUUUGUGGAAACCCAUUAGCAAGGACAUGGUGCUGAAAAAAAAAAUGAUCAUCACCAGUUUGAAUUGAAAUUCGAACACACGAGCACCACUUCGUAUUGCUGAGGAACUUAUGUGACAGGGCCACCGGCACUCCCACCAGUUCAGAGUGAGAGUGAUAUAGCGACAGGAACAACACACGCACGCACGCACGCACGCACGCACGCACGCACACACACACACACAGAUAUAUAAUGUAUUAAGAUAAUAAAUAACAGCGAUAAAAUCCUUUCCGUCAUUACACGAGAUCUCCAUUGUACGAUUCCUAAUAUAUCAUAAGCAUGUUUUGAUGAGUCACUAUAAAAUACUAGUAGUGAUAAUACCUUGAAAAGGUGUACGUAUCCCACGUGUGACAAAUGUCACACGCACAAGCAAAAGAUUGAAAGGAGGACAUCACAGGAAUGAUAUGGAAAAUACCAGGUCGAAGAAAAACGUGUUAAGUCAGGUAUAUCAUUGGCUGUAGGUAAUGCUAUUUCGGUCCUCGGGGUCUUGCAAUACAUCUGAUCUCUGCAUGAGGCCCCUACAGAAACCAGUUAUUGUAUAAAUAGAUAUACCUUAAUACAAUAGUCAUACCAUUAAAUCUAACGUGUAAUGCACAGAAAAUGUAUCAUGAUACUUUGUAGCUUACAGGAAGCUUAAAAUGUAUAGUAGUUGAAAGGAAACACAUUUCUACACAAGAUGCAGUUCGCAACAAGAAAUCAUUAUAAAGUUGUGUUCAGCUGCUAUUAUAUAUGGUGGGUCCAUUAACAUGUGGCGUUCGACCCCAUAAUAUCGAUUGUGAUUAGAACCAAAUAAGUAUUUCAAAAUAAAUUAACGGGAUCAAGUUACACGGGAGGCAGAAAGGCUAGUUUUGUAAUCGACAUUUUACUUCCAUAAUAUUAAUGGAGUAAGAGUACUUCAUGAAGAUCCGGGGUAGGAUAGAUCUUCAGCAAUCCAUGCUUGCUGUAAAAAGCGACUAUGGUUAACGUUGUCGAAGAGACGACUAACGAGAUCGGGUGGUUUGGCUCGCUGACUUGGUUCAUGCAUGUCAUCGUAUUCCAUUUACGUAGAUCGAUGCUCAUGGUGUCAAUCAAUGGAUUGUCUGGUCCAGACUCAAUUAUUUAGAGACCGCCGUCAUAUAGCUGGAAUAGUACUGAGUGCGGUGUGAGUGCGGUGUUAAACACCAAACAAACAAACAAAUCAUUUCCCGAUGAACGUCAGUAUGUCACGUGAUAACGUCAUCAAUCGAGUGGAGAGAUACAGAACUACUUAAGGGGAAUUCCUCAAUGUCUAAAAAUAACAUUAAAAUGGGACGGUAUCUUCAUACGACAAUUUCUUUUAGAUGCAAAAUGCAAAAUCAAAACUUACUUUUCAAAUAAAUAACGCAUAUGGCUACCGUUGAAUCAGAAAUAUGGCCUAAUUGCAAACAUUAGGGAAAACUAGUUUCAAUCUUUCAUGGCUGAUGUAUCUAAAUAUUCACAGUCUUCAAAAUGGUACACAGCCCACUUUCUGAGACCGACAUUGAUUCAGGCUAUGAAUGAAGCAGGCUUUGAAGCCAGACAGAUCAUGCCCAUGUCAGGGCACCAAAAUGAAGCGGCGCCUCCAGAGGUAAUCCUCGUCAUCCCCAAAUUUCACACAACGUUCCUAAUAGUCGAUUUGCAGCAUUAACCAUGUCUGGAUUUCUUUCCAAUUCAAACUUUUCUGGGAGCUAUUCGCUAACUUCUGUUUCAAGUAAAUGACGUUGCCGUAGCCCCCAUUUUAUGACGUUUGUAAAACCAAGGGACGUGCUGUCCAUUGUCACCCUUCAGUGCUGUCCAUUGUCACCCUUCAGUGUUGUCCAUUGUCACCCUUCAGUGCUGUCCAUUGUCACCCUUCAGUGUUGUCUAUUGUCACCCUUCUGUGUUGUCCAUUGUCACCCUUCAGUGCUGUCCAUUGUCACCCUUCUGUGUUGUCCAUUGUCACCCUUCAGUGUUGUCCAUUGUCACCCUUCAGUGCUGUCCAUUGUCACCCUUCUGUGUUGUCCAUUGUCACCCUUCAGUGUUGUCCAUUGUCACCCUUCUGUGUUGUCCAUUGUCACCCUUCUGUGUUGUCCAUUGUCACCCUUCUGUGUUGUCCAUUGUCACCCUUCAGUGUUGUCCAUUGUCACCCUUCAGUGUUGUCCAUUGUCACCCUUCAGUGUUGUCCAUUGUCACCCUUCAGUGUUGUCUAUUGUCACCCUUCUGUGUUGUCCAUUGUCACCCUUCAGUGUUGUCUAUUGUCACCCUUCUGUGUUGUCCAUUGUCACCCUUCUGUGUUGUCCAUUGUCACCCUUCAGUUUUGUCCAUUGUCACCCUUCUGUGUUGUCCAUUGUCACCCUUCAGUGUUGUCUAUUGUCACCCUUCUGUGUUGUCCAUUGUCACCCUUCAGUGUUGUCCAUUGUCACCCUUCAGUGUUGUCCAUUGUCACCCUUCAGUGUUGUCUAUUGUCACCCUUCUGUGUUGUCCAUUGUCACCCUUCAGUGUUGUCUAUUGUCACCCUUCUGUGUUGUCCAUUGUCACCCUUCUGUGUUGUCCAUUGUCACCCUUCAGUUUUGUUCAUUGUCACCCUUCAGUGUUGUCCAUUGUCACCCUUCUGUGUUGUCUAUUGUCACCCUUCUGUGUUGUCCAUUGUCACCCUUCUGUGUUGUCCAUUGUCACCCUUCUGUGUUGUCCAUUGUCACCCUUCAGUUUUGUCCAUUGUCACCCUUCAGUGUUGGCUAUUGUCACCCUUCUGUGUUGUCCAUUGUCACCCUUCUGUGUUGUCCAUUGUCACCCUUCUGUGUUGUCCAUUGUCACCCUUCUGUGUUGUCCAUUGUCACCCUUCAGUGCUGUGCAUUGUCUCAAUAAUCUCUCCUCUCCUCUGACACUACUGGACAGAUAGGUUUGACACUUUACAUGCAUGUCUCGGUCCAAAUGCUCCCUGCUAUGAUGACCUGGUUUUGGUUGCUAGCGAGCUUUAGGUCGUUUUUAUUUUGUGUUUUUGAAUAAUAGUUUCUUUUUUAAAAUGUCCUCAAAGUAAUGUUAUAAUAAAAUUGUGUCAUACGGCAAGUUGUUGUAGUGUCCAUCGCUAACAAUUUGUUAUAUACAUUUAAUAAUGUAUAACAUUAUUUCGUCAGAUAUGGCCUAAAUUAUGUCGAUGUGACUAUAAAUUUUAACUCACUCUCUCACACUUGAAAAGAGUGCACACAGUCUACAGUUUAACAAUGAUUGUUUAUCGCUUGAUGUAAGACAUUAUUGGAAUACAUUGUAAAAUAUAUUCUUUAUCUUGCAAACAAACCCCCUAUAUUUACACCAUUGUACAUUGUAAUCUUGUUUUCCAUCACCCACUAGUAUGAAAUACAUACCCGACUGAGUAAUGUUGACUCCUUCAUAAAGCUACGUCUGACUGAGAGGAAAAGCCUUCUGUAAAACGUUGUCUACAUUGUGCAUGAUAUAGUACAAAGGAAGCUUAAUUAUUGAAAUAUGGAUUGAACUACGAUGUGUUACGAUGCAUGUGAAAGUCCUUAUCAUAAUUCCAUGCUGUGUUGACUAUCUACAGAGGAUUUAUAUACAUUAUUGAUGAAUAAUCUACACGUUGCGUUUUGCUUUGAUCAAUGUAGUAUUGUUAUUCAAAUAGUUUAUAUAUUGUAUAUAAUCGUAAAAUACAUGUCACACUUGAUUAUGAUCUCUGACCUUAGGAUUGCCCCUUACUUUGAAUGCAAUAAGCAUAUGGCAAGUGAUGUCUUAAGUGUUUGCAUACCUUCAGUUGAUAAAGACACACGUUUCUUACCUGCAUA